UAUAAUAAAAUGAAAUUAAUUUAAUUUUCGACAAUUUUAUGAAAUUAAAUAAACUCCAAAUGAAUAGUUUUUCUAUUGUAUAUGGUUAUAUAAAUUAAAAUUCCUAAAUGUCAUUCGUAUGUAUGUACAUGCAUACUUUAUGCAUCAGACUUAAUUUCAAACGAAUGUACAAAUCUGGCAGUUGGUUUAUGGUCAUAUUGUCAUAUUGUUCGAUACGAAUUUUCAAUCUACUGCGACGUGUUGCGAUUUAAAUUUUCUUUUUUUUUUUUGAUUAUAUAAAAUUUAUAAAUAUAAAUAUUUUUUGACCUUAUUUAAAUAAUAAUAAAUUUGUUUACAUUGGUUAGAGUUUAAUGGAUUAAUUAGAGUUUAUGGAUCAUUCUAAGUACGCUAAUAUGAUAGUGUAUCAUGCAUGUGUGUGUAUAUUUAAGAGUACAUCAAUGUCAAUUGUAUGUCACAAUAGUAGGUUAUGACCAUUUACGACACAAAUGUAUUGAACGUAUUUAGGUAUAACCUACAGGUUAAUAAGUGUGAGGAGAUAGACUUCUUUAUGCUAACAUUACUCAUAAAUACUGUGAUUAGAAUUUAUUAUACACUAUACUUUAUUUGAUUAUAAAUUCAUAUUUAAGUAUAAAUCUUGAGAAAUUAUGAAAUCACAGUGCAUGUGAUAAACACGAGAUACACCGUUAAGUCCUUACAAGAUUUAUUAAAGAACAAUGAAAGGAUGCCAUGGGUGAACAUAACAAUGGUCCUUAUGAACAACAGCUUCUUGCUGUAUUUGAAAGUUGUUUGAUGAAAGGACAAACAGAACUAAAAGAAGAGGAUCUGUCCUCUUUAUGCAAUAAAUUACAACUCCAUAAUCGUGGAGAUGAAUUAAAGGAAUGUAUUAAAAAAUGUACUCCAGGAAAACGAUCAAUUUCAUUUCAAGAAUUUCGAGGUGGAUUAUUACUUCUGUUGGGCAAAACACAAGAGCUGUUGACUCAAGGUGACACGGAUUGUACUAUACAAUUACAGCAAGAAGUAAAUAUAAAUAAUGAUAAUGAUAAAAUUUCUGACUUUCCAAACUCAGAAAUUCAAGAAUCUCAUAUGAAUGAUAGCAAUACAAAAACAGGUCUUAUAUUAGAUAAAAAUCGAUUAAAAGAUUUAUGGCAAAAAAUGAAUGUAUGUUUCAAAGAAAAUGCAGAUACUGCAGAAAAAUAUUACAUGUCUAAUCACAGGGAGACUUCUGCACUUCCAAAACAAAUAGCUCAACGCAUAUUUGAAAAACUUGAUCAAAAUAGCGAUGGUCUUAUUAGUUUAGAUGAGUUUUUAGAUAUAUUUAAAAAUCAAACUAUUUUACAAGAAGAAUUGAUUCUUCCUUGCAAGGAUAUAUCUUCAAAAUGUUUAACAAAUUCAAAUGAAGAAAAAUCUGAUUAUGAUACACUUCAACAUCGUGAUUCAGGCUUUAUUCAGCAUAAUAUUGUUACCGAUAUGUGGAAAAUGGCUGGUAUUUCUGAUGCAGCUUCUCUUUUAUCUGAUUUGGGAUAUAACUCAUCAAGUAUUAAUUUAAGUGAUUUGGUUACUACCUUAUGCGACGAAUUGAAAAGUCUUAAUGAUUCUAUAAUCAAUACAGAUAUUCAGCCUCAUAUUAGUUUAUUGAAAGGUGUUUUUCUUCUUUAUAAGGAAGAACUACGCAACUUGAACAUUUUGAUAGAAAAUAUAACAGGUGAAAGAGAUAAAUUACGAGUUGAUGUAAUAGAGGCUAAUGAGAGAGCGAAUUCCCUUGCACAAGAAAUUGAUGAACAUCAUUUCCGGCAAGAGGAAAUUAAACAAAAUUUAUUAAAACAGAUCGAAUAUAAACAUUCUGAGAUUAUAAAGGAUUUAUCAAAUCAACUUAGUUUGGAACGUGAAAGUAAUGCUACUACUUUAAAAGUAAAAGAACAACAGUUACAAACGCAGCAACAAGAAAAUUAUCAAAAUAAAAAUAAACUUUUGACUGCUUUACAAGAUAAUCAAAUUCUAGAAACAGAAAAUGAAAAUCUCCGAAAUCAAAUUGAUAAGCUAAAAGAAUCUAACAAUGAACUUUUGAUGCAAAUUAAAAUGCUUGCCGCGGAACAUGAUGAGGUUGAUGAUAUAGAUGCAAAGAAGGAAGAACAAGUUCUACAUUUAAUUGAUCGUAUGAAACAGUUGCAGUCAGAAAUAGUCUCCUUGCGCGAUCAGAAUGAUGAACUUACUAUAAAAUUGGAGAUAUCAAGAUCACGUGAUAGUGAAACAAAUUUGCGAGCAAUUAAAAAUGAAGCAGUUGAUGCUACUGUCACAUCGGAAACAAAUACCAACGUAGAAACGACUUCGCAGAAAGAGGAAAUUCUAUCCUGCAGCAAUGGUAUCAAUGAAAAAGUUGAAUUGCUCAAAACGGAGAUAGAUACAAUAGAUAAUAAAGAACAAAUUAUAAAAGAUUUAAAAAAUAUGUUAAUAAAAUGUGGAGAUUGUUCUUGUGAAAACUGUGAUUAUAAAGAUGCAAUAUCUUCUGUUAUUUGUGGACAAUCAAAGUUCAAUUCAUUUUCGUUAACCGAAGAAAUUGAUUUUUCUAAAAGUCUUGCUUCUGAGCUUGAGACUGAAUGCGAAGAAAGAACAAGUGAAUCAUUAAGAGAUUUUGUUGUUUCUAAAUGUAAUAAAACAACAUCUGCAAAACGGGUGAUGCAUAAUAGUAAUGAUACAAUGAUUUGUUCUACGGAUACCAAUUGUAAUCAUGCAGAUAUUAAAUCAUUACAAAAUAAAAUAACUAGUCUUCGAGAUUAUCCACCUCGCAAAGAUGAAUAUUCUAUUACGGAUCAUAUGAAGAAUUUAAAAGAAAAAGAUAUAACGUCCAAUCAUAGUGUGCCUUGUAAUGAAUCUGAUAAGAAAAAUAAUACGACUUUAUCUAACAGUGAUAAUUCUCUUACUAAUUUAGUUUCUCAGGAACAAGAAAAUUGGUGGCAAACUGAGAAGAAACAAUUGACUGAAAGAUGUUUAGAAUUAGAAGGAAGUCUUGAUUUAUUGAAAGCAGAAUAUGAAGAAUGCGAAGAUUAUUGGGCUGCUAAAUUGGAAGAAGAGAGGCAGUUGUUCGAACAAGAACAAAAAAUAAGUGAUGAAAAAUUUUCAGAGCUUAUUGCUAAAAUGGCAGAAUAUGAGGAAAUGAUUAGUCCAGUAGAUAAAGUGAAAAACGGUGGUCGAUUAUCUCCUAUAGAAGAAAAAUUUAAUUUGGAACAACAGUAUUUAGAUUUGGAAGAAGAAUUUGAACAAUGGAAAGUGCAAACAGAGAAGGAUAUUUUGGAGAAAGAUAAAGAGAUUAAAAGUUUAUUUGAAAAAUUGAAAUAUUUGGAGAGACCUGAAAAGAUUGAUAUUUCAAUUCAGGUAUCAGAUGAAAGCAUUUUUCAACGAUCUUGUACUUUUUGCAAUCAUAUUCCCAUGGAUUCGUUUAACGUUGAAUCGUAUAUGCAAUUGCAACCGAGGUCACCUCAAUAUGAUGGGAAUACAUCUAAGAUUACAGAAAAUUUUAAAGGGGAUCAUAUAUUUGAAAAUUCAAUGCCUUCUAAUCAUUUUAUGUCGCAAGUUAUAGAGGAAGAAAGUUGCGUAGAAAAUUGUCAUUUAAAUCAAUUACCGUGUAUUAAUAAAGCGGAUACAAAUAAUGUAUAUAAAUGUGAAAAAUCAGAAUCGGGAGAGAAAAAAACGAAUAAUAUUUCUGAAUGUACGACGUUUACAGAAAAAGAAGAUAAAAAAAGUAAAUUCAAGCAUAGCAUGUCCAGAAAAGAAAACAAUUUAUUAAUACAAGAAUUAAUAAAAUCGCAAACUUUAAACAGUUUACAUUGUCAAGGUUUGCAAGAUAUUGCACAACAACAAGUAUGUAAUAUUGACAUAAAUAUAUUGGAAAAUCUGAAUAUGAAAUUACAGAUUCAAGAACGUAAAAAACGCCAAUUAGAAGAAUAUUUUAUACAGCGGCAACAUCAUAUAGAACAAGUAUUGCAUCAAACUUUGUCUCAGCAUCAAAUAGAGGUAUCUGAAUUACGGUGUCUUCUUUAUAAUACUCAAGAAAAAUUACAAAUUCAAAUUCAAGCAAAUACUGAACAGGCUAAAAGAUUAGCCGGAGCUGAUAUGCUUGCAAAGGACUUAUUUAUAGAAAAUGCAUAUCUAAUAGCAAACUUAAAGAGACUCAAACAACAUUGUUUAUUAUCAGGAGUUAAUUAUGAAUCUACUUCAAUUGGUAGUGGUGGUAGCGGUAGUGGUCGUGGUGGUGGUGGUGGUGGUAGUGGUGGUGGAGAUGGUGGUGGAGGUGUUUGUGGAGGUGGUAAUGGUGAGGAGGAGGUAGGAGAUGCAGCCUCCGCCAGUAUCCACGUGUUCAGUGUAGUAGCGCGUUAUGACCCGGAUGUUAGAUCGAUAGAUGCGAGCAAAUCGACGAAAGGCGCCAGCAAACUACGAAGGGACCUGAUAAAUGCCGAAAUCGCGAAUCUACGUGAUCUACUCCCGCUACCGCCCUCGACACGGCAGAGACUUUCUCAGUUGCAACUUAUGGCCUUGGUCUGCGUCUUUCUGCGAAAAGCCAACUACUUUCAACAAGCCCUGAAGAACUGCCCGUCCGAAUCAUCGAACAUGCCAACGCCGAACAUCGGAUUCUCGAAAUGCAUACAAUUCUUUCAGGCUAUGUCCGGAUUUAUCAUGAUGAUGACGCAACAAGGAAAAUUAUUGUACAUAUCGGAAAAUGCUGCGGAAUACCUCGGGCACUCGAUGGAGGAUCUGCUAAUUCAUGGCGAUAGUGUUUACGACGUGAUUGAUAAACAGGACCAUAUCGUAGUUCAAAAUCAAUUGGCAAGAAAUAGUCCAGCACCAAACGAUAGAAGGCUCUUCCUUUGUCGUAUCAAUGUAUCAAGAAAUUCUCGGAGACAGCUUCGUUUUGGUGAUCAAAAGGUCGUUCUCGUUGAGGGUCAUUUUUUACCAUUCGUUCCUGUUUGUAAUCGUAAUGAAUUCGUUUUUCUGGCAUCCUGUACACCGGUUGUUUUACCAGAAACUCGAGAGAGUAUCGUUCAAGGGGCAACAAAUAUUUUUACUACGAUUCAUUCUAUGGAUAUGAAGUACCUGCACAUUGACAAAACGGCUGAAAGUCACAUGGAGUACAAUCGUUCGGAGCUCGUUGGUGUUUCGUGGUACAAUCUCUUACAUUGGGAUUCGAUACGAACGGCUUAUUGCAAGCACCAAACAGUUAUACAAUCGGAUCAAGAACGAUCGAGUACAGCAUUAUUGAGGUUACAAAGUCGUUCUGGAAGAUGGUUUUGGGUUCAUUGUGUUCUCCAAGUUAAGGAAACGUCGGAAGAGUGUCAGCAUCCUAUAAUAGUAUGCACCAAUCAAGUAUUAAGCGAUCGAGAGGCUGAAGUAAUGCGUUCAAGUUCAUGGUUGUAUCAGUAUUCUUCUCAAGCUAAAUUCACUUACGGUAUAUGUUCAACCGGUCAGACACGUGGCGUGCAAUAUACUGUUGGAACGCAAAGUAGUGGUUCACAACAACAACAGGAAUAUGUACGUUCGUCGUCAUUGGGACAUAGUAGCGACGCUGAACAAUCCCCGUCGAUUUGCAAUUUGGAUCAAGAAUCUCAUAGAUCCACUAAGACGGAACCGGUCGAUUAUCCAAGCAGAUUACCUUGGGACGAUGUCGAACCGGUCGAUAUGUCCAUCGGUAGUGCCCAAGAACACGAUAACAGAAAUCUACAGUUUCAUUCUCAACAUGGCAAUCAUCAUCACGGGCUUGGACAAUUCUCUGGUAGAUACCAUAAGUCCCAUCAAAAAAGUUCUUUGCAUUUGGCGGGAUACAGAGCGAAGUUUGUGCAGUAUCACGGGCAGUUUAGCAGUGGCACCGACACUCCGAAAUAUUACAUCACCGAUCUGGACAAGGAAUAUGGAUGUACCGAUCAGCGGAGUACCGUCCACAAACGACUCCCAACGAAAGUUUUACCAGCAUCGAUAACCGUUGGCUCGACCGCCGAGCCAGUCGAGUCCUCGACGGAACACUGGAGUUCCAGUCCAGCAUGGUCAGACGCAUUGCAGAGGGUCCCGGAUGUGGUUCAUCAGGAGCUAAGCCCAUAUAUCACGACACCGACGACUCCUGCGGACACACCAGAUUCCGAUUUACAUUCCGAGGCACCGAUAUUCAAUUUCGACUGGGCCGGAGAACAACACGUGCCGAAUUUGAAGAUAACAUUUCGUAGCUCGAAUCACGAACCGAAAGAUGUUCAGGACGUUCAACCUAUUACUUUACAAUUACCCCGUAGAAAGGGCCAUUCCGGUGAUGAGUCGAAGGACUUCGCCAAAUGAAUGUCCGUUUCUCUUUAGUUAGACCAAUCUCUCUUUAAUUUAACGACUUUCACGCGCCUGAUAUUCUUCGACGGCCAUUUAUAUCUGAAUAUCUUUUUUUUUCCCAUACGAUUGUAGUUUAUAAAUUUAACGGUGCUGUGGAUAACCGAGUAUAUUUUUCGUUAACUCGUUGUCAGCGAUUAAUCUAAUCGGUGAAGAAGUAUUGUUGAUCUGUGCCUUUUAGAUUUUAAUGGUAUAGUUCUCUUAAUAAACGGACCAGCGUCCCUUUUGCUUGCUUACGAUUCCUAAAAGAAUUGUAGGCGCAAGCAAAGGUACAUAUGUCCAAUUUAGGGCUCAUUUUUAAGUAGGAAUAUUAGUACUUAUACGCAUUAAAAAACCGUGCAUUUCAUCGUGCAUAUGUAAAAGUAUAUUAAUGCGAUAAUGCGAAUUAAUUAUACGAUUUUGCGUGAGAAGGGUGCACGAUCGAUUAAUGAUUAGAAGGACAACAUACAUUUUUUUUGUAGGUAUAAAAAUGAAAGGAGGGGGAUAAUAAGAUCGAUAUGACAAUAAAAAUCAAUGUAUCGUUGCAUAGUUACCUUAUCACGAAAAAAUAUGGCGACGACGAUGACCACGACGACGACCAUGACGAUUACUACUACUACUACUACUAUUACUUCUACUACUGCUACUACUAUUACUUCUACUUCUAUUACUACUACUACUACUACUACUACUACUAUUACUAUGACGACAAAGAAUCGCGAAAAAGCUUUUCUUUUUCUUAUUUUUUUUUCUUUUUUUUUUGUACAACGUUUUACGCGAAACAUCAGUAUCCACAAUUAUAGAUUUUUACGUGUAAUUUAUAGGAUAGAUUUUUCGCAACGUAUUGCGAGUAUUUUUUAUGUAGACGUUCCUGAGCACCCAAUGUAUAAACGUACAAUUUCUAAUUAAUAAUGUUCGCGUAUACAGUAUCCUCUUAUUCUCUCUCUUUUUCUCUCUCUCUUUCUUUAUUUCUUUUAUUUUCACUUCGCCUCUCUCUCUUUCUCUUUCUUCAGGAAUUUUAUAUUAUUAAUUAGAAAGAAAAUAAUCAUCAAUGGCGUCUUCAUUCAAAAGACUCGUCCUCAUUUUAAUUAAACUCCUUUCGAGUUUUUGAUUCUAAUUAGACGAGAGUAAACAUUCAUCAGUAAUGUCUUAUUUACUUAAUUAAAUUUUUUUUUUAAAUAAUCCUUUUCGAAAAGAAAAUAGGAUUUAAUUGUCUUAUACUCGUUAUAAGAUACUUACUUUAUUGACGAUUGAGGAACGUUCUCGCAUACUACUGCCAAUCAGAGAGAUACAUUAUUUUUAUAUCUAUUUAUCCUUCUCUUUAAUAUCCCGUAGCUUACUAUCGCAUUUAUUUUAUUGUCCGUGCCAUUUUGCUAUUAGACAAUUUUUUUGGUUUAGACAGUGCUCUCGUUAAAUCGUUUCUCUAGUUCGAGUUUCUUUUUUCUCCCUCCACUCCCCUAUCCUCCCCCCUAACUACCCUCUACCUACCACUUAGAAACAAUGAAUAGACUUCGAGGAUGCGACGGAUUUUCUUCGUACGAUCACGUAAUACGAGGAGAACGAUGUAACACAACAACGAUAAUUCAGGCAAAACAAAAAGACACUUUACCUUUUCUUUCGUUCUUUUCUUUUCUUUUCUUUUUUUUUCCCAUUUCUUUUUUUUUUUUUUUCCUUAUUUUUCCAUUUAUUCAUUUUAUUUCGUUUCCCUUUUUUUUUUUAUCUUUUUAAUGUUUUUUUUAUCUUUUUUUAUCUUUUUUUCUUUUUUUUUUUUUUUUUUAACGAUUACUACAAACUUCAUAGAGUCGCACGAGGAAAGAAAAUUUCGAACGCGUUCGCAUCGUUUUUUUUCAAAACGAUCGAUAAAAUUUAAGGUACACGAGUAACGAGCGAGAUUGACCUUGGACGGAAAAGGAAGAAAAGAAGAAAGCAAAGAAGAAGAAGAAGAAGAAGAAGAAGAAGAAGAAGAAGAA